AUGAUGAACUCAGUUUCAGGUGUUAGUGUGCAAAAGGCUGCUGCCGUCCUGAAGACCCAGCAACAAUCCCACUACGACACUGUGGCCAACACACCGUCCAAAGAUGCAAACCUCAAGUUUGGCCUAGCUUUGUCUCAUACUCCACCGCAGAGGUCCAACAAAACUGCAGGUGAAGACCAACUGGUAACUGGUGUCCAGUAUCCUUCAUCAUUCAGCUCUGUAGAUAAAGAGGAGCCCAGAGAGACCUUAGCAUCCACUUCAUCUCCUGCUUUAUUGCCACUGUCCCCUACUUCCUCAAGUCCUGACUCCACCUCCCAGUCCAGUAUCCAAUCACAAAUGCCUAAUGUUACCUUUCCAUAUAACUUAUCCACCAUCGCAAAAUUUCAAAGGACCAAACUCCGUAACCUCCUGACAAACACCACCUCCACGCCACCUUUGCUGUUUCCGAGUCUCAGCCGACGACCUGUGUGCCCGUACCCACCUGUGCCCACCCACGGGACCUUCUACUUCCGUAAUGUAGAGAAUCCUGGUCCCAGAGCGUACAGACAUUACAUACAGUAUGCCUGCUAUCCCGGAUACACACUGGCUCAUGGAGCUGUACAUAGCUUCUGCCAAGAGGGGGCGACCUGGAGCGGAAUCACACCUGUCUGUUUGGAGUUGACGCCAUGUUCCGUGAACAACGGAGGCUGUUCCCAGCUGUGCUCUCACUCCCAACACCUCAACCAGAGCUCCAACCAGACUCAGCUGAGAGCUCAGUGCCACUGCAGACCUGGAUUCACUCUGCUGGAUGACGGGCAAACAUGUCGGGAUUUAGAUGAGUGUGCAGACGGGCAGCACCAGUGUCACCAAAGAUGCAUCAACACAUUCGGUUCUUUUAAGUGCGGCUGUGACGAUGGCUAUCAUCCAGCCCCGGACCAGACCUCCUGCCUAGAUAUAAAUGAGUGCCAGGAGCAGAAGUGUGAGUGGCAGUGUAUCAACCUGCUCGGCUCUCACCGCUGCAUCUGCCCCAGAGGAUACACACUCCACAGAGAUGGGCAACGCUGCCAGGACAUUAAUGAGUGCAGUCAGAGGAAUGGCGGAUGUUCCAACCUGUGUGUGAACAGAAGAGGUGGAUAUAAAUGUGCCUGUCCAGCCUCCCAUCGCCUCUCCCCUUACAGCUGGAAGAAAUGUGUACAGAGGGCCACAGCGACCACUGCAGGCUGAGCUGGAAAACACACCUCAUGCUCUACUGCUCACAGUCCCAGAAGAGUUUUCAAGACAGUGAUGAGCAAGAACUAGAAGAGGUGACAUGUUAUUGCUGCUGGGACACUUCCACUAGUCAUUCAAAUGUAAUUUAAAUGAUGCAUUGUAAAACACAAUAUUAAAAAGA